UCCCAUCAUGCCUGCGGGGUCAUGGGGUCAUCGAUCAGAAAAGUGAAACACAAACCUGCCGUACACGGAGUCACGAGCUCGGUUUCUGACGUUUUGUGGGUUAGAUUGAAGGGCUUUCUUAGCUCAGAGGCGAUGGAAAUGGCAGAGGCAGAGGCUAAUGGAGUUGAAGUGAUCGAACUGAACCGAGGGGAGGCAGGUAAGAGUUUGGGGUUCAACAUCAGGGGAGGUGUGGACAUGCCCCAUGUGGAGGGGGACCCCGGAAUCUUCAUCACCAAAAUACGGGAAGGCGGAGCCGCUGCCCUCGACGGGAGGUUACAGGAGGGGGAUAAAGUAUUAGAGAUUAAUGGGACAUGCAUAGAGUCUGUGAACCACCAGGAAGCGGUGCGCUUGUUCUUAGAGUCAGGAGACAUCGUCAGGUUAAAGGUGCUGCCUGGAGCAGAGAGAGCAAUACUGGAACGAGACGGCAGCAUCAUCAGGACAGGAAAGAGUUCCGGCCAGUCCCAGGUGCUGUGGUGGUUAGGAGGAGCAGCUGCUGUAACUGUUAUAGCCGUGUAUACAUUCUAUAGGUUUAGAUACAGACACUGACUUGGGAACUAGUAACCUUGUAGAUCUGAUGGGGUUUAAGAUUGUCUUGGUACUCACACUAAACUAUCCAGGAUAUACAACAGCGAGCCAAUUUUUACUUGUCUGGUAUAUUCUGUAGCACAGAAUGCUGAUUUUUCAGUUUACUGCGCAUGAAAAAUGUGGUUGAGUAGUUUGAAUGGACAGAUCAUUUCUGGAUGUUCCAAUCAGAUCCAUUGUGAUUGCAUUUAGUACAAGAGUACCAUCUCAAGGCCAAUUAUUUCCAUGUUUACCAGUGAUGAUUACUAGUAUACAUAUAGAUGUGAGUUGACUGUUGAUGCAAGUUUGUAUAGUGGGACCAAGAUUUCACGUAAAUGUGGAUGUAUUGAAUAUUUUUAUAUCCAAGUGUAAGACUAAGAUCAACAGAUAUGUCAGCAUUGCAUAUUUAUGCCAAGUUUGUCACUUUUGCUACAUCCGUGGUGCUCUUAAUAUGAAAGCUAAUGUUGAUUGACAACUCCUCUUCCUUCCUAAAUGAACUCAAACUCUAAACUACCCCCAUAGGUUAUUUUUAUUUAUAUACGAAUCACUGCAGCAAAUUUAGGACUUUUAGAAAUUUCUGAUAGAUGCAGAAUGAGGUAUAUGACUUGGUUGCUUAGAGCAUCUCUUAUGUUAAACAUGUAUCCAGUGAAGUCCUUAUUGAUUGCCAGGAUUUGAUGCAUUUGAUGUGUUAUGUUUAUAGUUGGUCAUGUGAUUUGAAGUAAUGUUGUUCUCUGUUUGAUAUAAUGUGUCUCCUUGAUAUAAUGUUAUUCAAAAAUCAUGAUUCAAUGUACAUGUGUAUUCAAGAACAGCCAACUUGUUCUGGAUUUUCAGAUUUUGCGACAAUUUUUGAGUAUGGUUGAACUUUGCUAAUCUUGAUGUGAUUACAUGUACCUCUUGGUGACUUUAACACAUCCAUCCAUUGAUUGUCAAUAAUGCAGAUGUUUCCAAUGCUGCCUAGCUUUUUUGAGAAUGAUGAUCCUGCAAUUGCUCAAUUACAGAACACAACAUUAAAACACAACUGUGUAACAUUAUAUAAAACAGCAUUACUGCUCUUGCAUCUAUACCCAUCAUAUGUAAUAUACUCUGACACAGCCUUGGCAAUUGGCUGUAUACUGUAUUAACUCUGUGCCAUAUUUUUAAACUUUGUGUGAAAUUUGCUUAUGCAAUAAAAGCACCCGAGUUUCUU